CAAAAUAAUAAAAUAUAACACCCUUAAUUACAACAAUAAGAUUUUGAUAUAAAUCUGAGACUCCUUAUAAUUUAAUACAAUAGGUGGGAGAGUGAAAAGAACAAUCAAAUUGACAGCCAACUUGGAAUUAUAAAAUUGAUGAAAUCGAAAAAUAACCUUGGGUGCAUUAGACGCAAUCCAAUUAUAUGAAAAACCUGUGUUCUGAUUGGCUUGAAUUGGACACAUCUUGUCUACUUGUAGCUGUGCCUAUCCAGUAUACUGUAGCAGAGAUUCAUCAGUUUUGUAAACACUAUAAUCAUUGUCAAAGCGAUAUCAAUUAUUUCUUCCUGCUCUUGGAGAACAUUGAUUUCCUUUAAACCAUUAAUAGCCUAUAUUGAAGAAUAAAUGAUAAAAUAAAUAGUUUUGAAAUCAGGGCUUUUCUAGCAGGAAACCACUAUGGCAACCUUCGGAAGUUCGCAAAAACUAUUCAUCAUUUUGGUUUAUUUCAAAACGUUUGAAUUUGGAUAUGGGGCAUGUGACGUUGAUUUGAAAUCUGUAGCAUAUGAUGACCCUGUAGUGUCUGACCCUGGUGUGUCGAGUUACAUCAAAAUAGAUGGCAAGACGCUGGUAGAUGUACCAACAACAUCUAGAGGAAUCUUCUUUGUGACAGUGGAUAUGUGUCAAAAAACAUGUGUUCGAAAACAAGUAAUAUCCUUUGAUUUACUCGAUGAGGCUUCUUCUUUGAAGUGUAAGGAUUUUGUCAGUCAGCAAACUAAUGGCAUGGUUGUAAUGGGUAUUGUGUCUGGUGACGUUAUCGGUGGAGGUGUUAGCCCUGCUUCGAACUGCCUCGAUGAAUUGAUCAUGUGGGGUAUUGAUAUAUCAAUGUACACAUAUAGAUCCUCGAAUAUAUUCAUAACCACUGUUGGGUUUCCUCUUGCAACUAUGAUGACGUCAUCUCCAAGUUCUCUUGGCCCCACGCAAUUAGCCACAAUAUAUGAAAUUCCAUCAACUGAUAUGGUAGACCUCGGAAGUGUAUGUGUGCCUAAUGAAAACGAUGCCAUUUACUCCAAUAUUCUUACAUAUGAAGAGUGCAAACAAUUGUGUUUGGAUGAAACAUCUUUUCUAUGCUGGUCUGUUGAGUGGCAACCAAACAAGAAUUGCCAGCUAUCAAAGAAAUAUUCUGGCAAUUUUAACCUUGCGAUUCCAUGUCAUGUUGAUUUACUAUUUUCGGAAAGGAUUCCUUUACAGGCAACCUGCAAACCAUUCUUUUUCAUCGAAACUAUGGCGAUGGCUCAUCCUGGAUCAAAAACAUUGGAAACGGUCUCAUUUUACUACAAAAGCAGCUAUACAGCCUGUGCGAGAUUGUGUGCAAAAAAUGAUGAAUGCUUUGCAUUUUAUUUGGAUGACAACGCUGGUGACUGUGAAACAAUAGACACAAACAAUCCUGCAGUUGUUAAACAAGGAUGGAAACUAUUUGUAAAAUAUUGAAAGAAUAUCAUAAAAUAAAUCAGAACUGUUUAUGCCACUUUUUCCAUAUGUUUGUAACGUUAA